AUGACGACACCUGAUGGUAUAAAUGCUAAGGCUGUUUUCAUUCGCUGGCAAUCCACUGAUUUUACAACGCCAACCGCGACAAGCAUGGGAGCAAUUACCAACACGGGGAGCUCGACGGUAUCGCCCACGGCCACAUCACAGGACACAUCAGCAGAUGGCAAGUCAUCGAAAGCAUGGAUUGCCGGUCCUGUUAUUGGGGCUGUAUUUGCGUGUACCCUGGUUGCCCUGGCCGCAAUCUGGUUCACCCGAAGAAAGUAUAAACAAAAACCGAAUGUCAAUCCUGCUCAGUCUGGACUUUGGUACCAUAAAAGGGAAGUGGGAGGAGACGGGCCCGCAGUGUUUGAGGCCCCCUCUGAUACAAAUUUCUCUUCCAAGAAGCCAUUAGGAGAGCUUUCCGCGGCAAAUACUGUCUCCGAAUUACCAUGA